AUCGAUUACAUACAAUACAAUACACUACAAGCAUCAUUCUUUUCUCUCUUCACUCUUUACUCUUCACUUCACUCUUCACUCUUCUCUUCACUCUACCCCUCUUCAAUCUUAUUAAUCCCCUUAUUAUUUAACCUUUUCACAUUUAACUUUUCUCAUCAUCGAUUACAUACAAUACAAUACGUAUUAUCAUUCAAAUUACUCCAUUCCAUCCAAUCACAAUUCAAGAACUUCUAAUCCUUCCUUUCAAGGAAUCAAAAACAUCUUUUCCCAUAAUUACGAGGAAAUAUCCAGGUUCUCACUACCAGGAGUUGGGGGGGGGGGGGUAUCCAACAAGGUGUUUUUAUUGACAUCUCCCUCAUUUCAUCUGGAAAGCUUUUCAUUCGCACGCAUCCUGUCUAUCGUAUCCAAUAUCCAACAUCCAACAUCAGAGAUCAGAGAUUUCUUUCAAAUCAUAUCAACCGAGUAAUAUCUCCGGUUCACGUGAAAAUCAGAGUUCAAAAAAGGAAAAGAGAAAAGAGAAAGAGAAAAAAGAGUGGUUAUCAACUACCUACCUACCUAUCAAGGUUCUCAAAAUUCAAGGAUCCCCAUCUCCCUCUCGAGCACGACUUCACACUUUAAAAAGACUUUCCAAAACAUACUUUCUUCUUAAUCCACUCAUACAGAUACACCAUCACAACCUUUUCGGUCAUAUCAUAUCAAUCACCUCUUCCUCUUUCUUCGUCUCUUGAAGUGUCGAUCUUGGAUCUUCAUUCUCUUAUACUUCAUACACUUGGUAGACUACAUAUCAACUGUUUGAUAGUCGAUCUACCUUUGUUUCUUCAAACAAUCAUUGUCAACGUCGGAAGACUGUGAUACGACAAUUCCCCGAACUAUCCAUCUUCAAACCAAAUCAUCACACUCAAGUCUUCAAGAUGACUGACUUCAACCCCAAUAUGGUCGAUCUAGACACAGCUGAUCCAAAAGAUAUCAUCUGUUAUCUCGGUCUUGGUGAAAAUGAGUACAAUGGAAAAUUGGGAGCUCGUGUCUCUGCUCUCUUUGUUAUCUUGAUCGUCUCCUCGGCUGCUACCUUCUUUCCCGUCAUUGCUGCAAGAGUCAGCUGGGUUAAGAUCAAUAUCUAUGUCUACCUCUUCGCUCGUUACUUUGGUGCUGGUGUUAUCAUCGCAACUGCUUUCAUCCAUUUACUUGAUCCCGCCUAUGGAGAAAUUGGUUCCGACACGUGUGUUGGAAUGACUGGUGGCUGGGCCGAAUAUUCUUGGGUACCUGCUAUUGUUUUACUUUCAGUCUUGUCCAUCUUCAUGAUGGACUUUGCUGCUGAACAAUAUGUUGAUCGCAAGUAUGGCUUCGGACAUGGUCCAUCUAUCGAAGAUGUUGUCACCAAUCAACCAGGCACUAACACCACUCGUCGCGCAACCCUUACACACAAUCAACUUCAUUCUGGUGAUCAAGAUCCAACCCUCUUCGACAACAUCGCCCAAGCUCAAGAAUUGAAGGAUCACAGCCCUGCAUCCAACUCUUUCUCCAAUGAAAAGGAUGUUGAGAAGAUUACAACUUCCUCUGAGAUGGCAGAAGAACGUUCUUUCCGUCAACAAAUCUGUGCUUUCUUGAUUCUCGAAUUUGGCGUCAUCUUUCACUCUGUUAUCAUCGGUCUCAAUCUUGGUACUGCUGGUGAUGAAUUCGCAACUCUCUACCCUGUCCUGGUCUUCCAUCAAUCCUUUGAGGGUCUUGGUAUCGGCGCUCGUAUGUCUGCCAUUCCUUUCCCCAAGCGUUUCUCUUGGCUUCCAUGGGUUCUCUGCGCAGGUUAUGGUCUCACCACACCCAUCGCUAUUGCCAUCGGUCUUGGUCUUCGCAGAACUUAUAACUCUGGUUCAUUCACUGCCAAUGUUGUCUCUGGUGUUCUCGAUUCCAUCUCUGCUGGUAUCCUCAUCUACACUGGUUUAGUUGAGUUAUUGGCUCGUGAUUUCUUGUUUAACCCAGACUUGACUCAUGAUAAGAAGAGACUUACAUUCAUGAUCUGUUGUGUUUUACUCGGAACAUUUAUCAUGGCUCUUCUUGGUAAAUGGGCUUAACUUCAUCUUCUGGAUUUGUUGAGCAUUUUCUCUGGUGGACGUUGGUUGGUUUCUUAUAUCGGCGGAUGGUUUUCUAAUUGAUAGAUGGUUUUCAUAUACCCAAGAAGAUUUUACUUUCUUAUGCGAGAAAAUGAAGUUACACAUGUGUAACUUGUAUUUAGGAGGGAUGGAAUUACUGAUUUGAUGAAUGAAUGGAAAUAAAAGUGAGAUUGCAUAUUUCUACUUUUUCUUUUCAACACAGCAUAGGAUUUUUACCUUACCUUUCUUUACCUUAGUUUACUGAAUGGUUUGAUGAUGAUCAUAUGAGUUAUGACUCAUGAAAUGUAGUUGAAUCCAGGAUGAAAGUAAUUUAGUAGAUUAAUAGAGCUGAUAUUUGCUUGAUUUGAUUGAGUUAUGUA